UGUCAGCAGACCUUAGUGAGUUAAACGCUAAAUAUGGGAUAAAUCCGAUCGCUACCGUAUAUAUGAGACAGGAAAACUUGAUUAUUAGGCCUACUAUAAAAACAUGGACAUUUCUGGAUGAUAUCUGAAUCAUGCCUAAAGGUGCCAGCUGCAGAGGCAAGGAAAGAAGCGGACCACUACAUCAAGCUGAAGUUAGAUAAAGAUGGCUGUGAAGUAAAGCAUAUAAAUGAUGUUAUUGGGAAAGGAGUUUUUGCCAAGAAGGAUUAUAAAAAAGGGGAGUUCAUUUUGGAAUAUGAUGGUGAACUUAUUAGCAGAAGAGAGGGAGAAAACCGAGAAAAAAACUACUCUUCUGCCUUGGGAAGUUAUAUCUUUUUCUUCAAAUCACCCCAAGGAGGAAAAAAAUUGUGCAUCGAUGGAACAUUUUCAAAAAGAAUGGGACGUUUUGUCAAUGAUGCUCCACGGCAUGAUCAUCAAUGCAAUGCCGACAUGGAAAAACUUUUCAUCGAUUACAGGCCUGUGUUAGUUUUGUUUGCCAGAAGAUUCAUUAAAGCUGGUGAAGAAAUUCGAUAUGACUAUGGAGUGAAGAAUUUGCCAUGGCGAUGCAAAAAGGUUUUAGACAUGCAUAUGAAUUCCUCUUCAAAUGCCAAUGAUAUACAUCGGGAGAUAAAGAGUUGUUCAGUAGUAUUGACACGACUUCCCACAAAGAGGAAACUUCCCUUCAAGAUGGAGUCAUCAGUUGAGGUGGAUUUGAAAAAUGCUGUUACAGUAGUCUCUAAACCAGUGCAAAAAUUUACAGGAUAUACCUGUCAUGUAUGUGAAAUUCUUUUUCGCCAUGAAUCAUCUUUACAAAGGCAUAACUUGUCAUGUCAUACAGUCAAUGAGGAAAGGACUGCACAAGUUUGUUCUUCUGAUAAUUGUUUUGAGGAACCAAUAAUAGAGACAAAUGAACUGGAUGUAGAGAACCUUUGUGCAUUGGCCAUAAUGGGUCAUUUCCAUCAAUCUUCUGACCAGUACUUUAGACAUGCAGCUGCUGGCUCUCAAUGUACAAGCAAUAGUCUAAUGGCUAUAGUUGCUUCUCAUGUGAAAUCAGUUGACAACUGGAACUCUGGAUUUAUUGAUGAAGUUCUUCUUGAAGGUGAUAAACUUCACCUUAGUGUUCUCAAGAAGAAAAACUGGCCAUUUGGUAGAAAAGAAUCAAGGAUAGACAUUGAUGAAAUCCCUGAAAAAAUAAGUUGUCAAAUUGAUGGAUGUAAAAUAGAGGCUAGUGUUGGAGUUUUGCAAGAAGCAACCUUUGCUCUCUCUACAGAAAUUGAUAGCACUGUUAGAACAGCUCUGGAAAGAAUGCCAAAUCGAAGUUUCAUUCUUAGAAUGUUUGGAUCAUGCACAGCAAUCAUCAAGAGGGAAAAUCAACAAUAUUGCAUAUUUGAUCCUCAUUCUAGAAACCCUUUUGGUUUCAUUGAUCCCAAUGGCUUUGCUGGUCUGUUUUAUUUUGACACUCUGUUAGAUAUGAUAAGAUAUCUUAAGAGUAAUGUUGGAGAAAGAGCAGAGCAGAUAGACUUAUUUCCUGUUUUUGUCAACUUGUUGAAUUCAGAUGCAUUUGAAUUUGAACCAAGUCCAUCAAAACCUGAACAUGGAAAUGCCCGUGAGUUACCCAUGCAGGAAAAUUUUCAGGAUUUAUUGACAAACACAAAGAAAAACAAAGGGAAAUCAAGACCAAAAAGACCAUGUCCAUUUUGUGGUCAAGUGAAAGGCAGACUAACAGAACAUAUCAAGUCAAAACACAAAACAGAAGAAAAAGUGAAGCAUGCCCUAACGCUUCCCAAAGAUCUCAGGGACAGAGCCUUUGACACAAUGAAAAAAGAGGGCAUUUUUAUGGCAAACAACCAGUUGCUUAAGUCUCGUGAUGUGGACAUGACCAACCUUAUCCGAGAAAGAAACCAAGGAAAGAAGAGUUUGAAGGCUUGUUCAACAUGCAAAGGGUUUUUCAGUACAUCACAGAUUUAUAAACAUAUAAGGAAAUGUCUUGGAGCUGAAGGAUCUACCAAUACACCUGUAUCAUUGUCUACAAGAAGCUUAGUGGAUGAUUCGGAGUUCACCACAGAUUUUAAGGAAGAGGUUUUGGAAAGUUUCAGGGAUUCUGACUAUGGAGAUUUGAUACGAAAUGAUAAUUGGAUCAAACACUACGGUUACUUUCUUUAUGAAAACAUGCAGGGAAGCUGUAAAAAGUUUGAAAAAAGGCUGUCAUUAAAUUCAAAGCUGAGACGAUUGGCUCAUUUGUUUUUAGAAUUUAAAAGUGUUAUGGCAGAUAGAAAACAGAAAGUUGUAGAAAGUUGCAGUGAGAUGUUUAAUAUAGAUUACUAUGAGGAAUUGAAGCAAGCUAUUGGAAACAUGACAAGAGACAAAGAAAGCAACAAAAUUAAGAAUGGUCUAAAGCUAACAUUGAAGUACCUGGUGAAAGAUGUGUGUGAUGCUAUGCAUGUAUACUACCUGAAAAGAAAGGAAAAUCAAAAAGCAGCUGAUCUUGGAAACUAUAUGGUAGUCCUCAGCAAAUCAUGGUCAUCCUUCUUCAAGAAUGCAGAAGAAUCUAUAAUUACCAAAAGACUUACCGAACUAAGGGCACCCGUCAAGCUUCCCAGUAAAUCUGACAUUGUGAAACUUCGAGACCACACAAAGAAAACUAUCCAGGAUCAGACAGGAGAUGGGUAUUGCUUGCUAGAAAAUGCAGACUUCUGUCAGUUAAGAGAUGCUCUUGUAUCAAGACUAACUCUAUUCAAUGCAAGAAGAGGGGGAGAACCAAGUAGGAUGGUUAUUUCUGAAUUAGAAGAUGCCUUAAGUGACAAAUGGGUAGAUAAGAGCAGGAUAGAUUUUGUUAAGGAUGACAUUGAAAAAAAAUUAUUAUGUGAUACUAAAAUAGCUUAUCUCCAUGCUUCCAAAAUUGCAAAACUUGUCCCAGUCAUAAUCCCAACCGACUGCUUAAAAGCACUGAAUGUUUUAGUUGAUGUUGAAGUUAGGAGAGCAGUAGGAAUUAACCCUAACAACAAUUUUGUUUUUCCAAAUACUAAAAAUUCCAUGGGCCAUGUAGUUGGCUGGGAUUGUGUAAAUAGAAUGUGCCAGGAAGCAGGACUGGAAAAAAGAAUGAAUGCUACCAGUAUGAGGCAUUAUGUUGCUACAGAAUAUGCUCUUUUGGAUGUUGCAGCACGUGACCGUGACUUAUUUUAUAAGCACAUGGGACAUUCUGAGACAAUUAAUGAAAAUAUCUAUCAAUGCCCCCCUGCAGUGAGAGAAAUUACACAUGUUGGAAGAGUUCUUGGUCAAAUGGAUGCCAUGAAUGAAGAUGAAGCUGAUUUGCCAAAUAGAGAUAUUGACUCUGGUGUCAAUGAUGAAGAAAUUGAUGCAAUAGAAGAAUUUCUUGGUCUGAUGGCAGAGGAAGUUUCAACUUUUCAGUUACUUGAUCUUAGCAAGAAAGUAGAAGAAAAGGAAGUCACGGUUGAUGUAAAAAAAUUGACAUCAAAGAAGGCACUACUUCUUGACAAAAAUCUCCAAAAAAAGGCAAAGCAGUACUUUACUUCAAGUGCUUGGCUUGCAGUCAAAAAUACUUUGAAAAUGCUAGAAGGAUUGAAGCGAAAAGCAGAAUAUGCUUCUGGUCAAGGAGUGAGUACUCAAACACCAGAAGAAAUGAGAGUUGAAACACCAGAAGAAGUGAGAGACGAAAUACCAGAAGAAUUUUUAGCACCACCUAGGAAAAAAACAUUUGAAGAGCAUAGUUCAGAUUUUCAUGAAGAAAGUCUGAAUGGUUCCGAAUAUUUGGAACCUAGUUCUUCACCUCAAGAUAGUGAAGAUGAAAAUACAUUUGAAGGUGAAGAAAUUACUAAAGAAGAAAGAAACGCACUUAAGGGUUCAAUCAAGAAAGUCAAACGUCUCAGACAUGUAUGGUCCUCGGAAGAAGAUAAAGCGGUUUACUCCUUCUUCCAAAUGGAAAUAGAGGAUUCACCUGGUACUGGAAACGAAGGAACCUUGAGAGUGGGAAAGAAAAUACAAGAUUUUCUUAGAAAAUAUCCAGAGGUUCUGAAAGAUUAUCAAAAGAGGGAAAGAGUUCAUAAAAUCAGAACUAAGAUCAUUAAUCUGAGAAGGCAAAAGAGGGAAGAAAUGAAACAAAAAUGGCAGCGUCUCUUAUCUGAUGAUGAGGAAAAAGAAGAAGGAAGAAAGAGAAGGAAAAAGACAUGGAAAAAUUAAGACACGGAAAAAGAGGGAAGAAAUAAAACAAAUUACACUAUC